UUCACUGAGGCAAAAUGGCGCAGCAAAGAAUUCAGCUGGACCGAGAAGCACUUUGCUGUUCGAUCUGUCUGGAUCUACUGAAGGAUCCGGUGACUAUUCCCUGUGGACACAGUUACUGCAUGAACUGCAUCAAGAACGGCUGGGAUGGAGAGGAUCAGAAGAACAUCAGCAGCUGUCCUCAGUGUCGGCAGACUUUCACAGUGAGGCCUGUCCUGGUGAAAAACACCAUGUUAGCACAUGUAGUGGAGGAGUUGAAGAAUGUUGAAUUUCAAGUUGCUCCUGCUGAUCACUGCUACGCUGGACCUGAAGAUGUUUCCUGUGAUUUGUGCACUGGGAGAAAACCGAAAACCUUCAAGUCCUGUCUGGUGUGUUUGGUCUCUUAUUGUAUGAAACACCUCCAGCCUCACUAUGAUGUCGCUCUGUUAAAGAAACACAAGCUGGUGGAGCCCUCGAAGAACCUCCAGGAGAACAUCUGCAGGCAUCACAGCAAGGUGAAGAAGAUGUUUUGUUGUACUGAUCAGCAGUGUAUCUGUUAUCUCUGCUCUUUGGAUGAACAUAAAGGUCACGACACGGUGUCAGCUGCUGCAGAAAGGACCAAGAGGCAGAGAGAGGUCGAGGUGAGUCGACAGCAAAUCCAGCAGAGAAUCCAGAUCAGAGGUGAGGAGGUGAAGGUGCUCCAGCGAGAGGUGGAGGCCAUCAGUCACUCUGCUGAAAAAGCGGUGGGGGACAGUGAGCAGAUGUUCACAGAUCUGAUCCAACUCAUUGACAAAAGAAGAUCUGAUGUGAAGCAGCAGAUCAGGUCUCAGCAGAAAAUCGAAACGAGUCGAGUCCAAGAUCUUCAGGAGAAGCUGGAGCAGGAGAUCAGUGAUCUGAGGAGGAAAGACGCUGAGCUUCAUCAGUUUUCACAGUCAGAGGAUCACAACCAGUUUCUCCAAAAAUACCCCUCACUGACACGCCUCCCUGAAGAUGCAGACUCCCAGAAUCCAAACACGUCAAAGGUCAAAGUCAAGCUACAGGACAUUCUGAGUGAGGAACAGAUGCAGAUCUCACGUGCACAGACUGAAGUGGAUGUUUUACUGCCAGAAGCAGAAACAAAACUCAGAACUGAUUUCUUAAAAUAUUCAUGUGAAAUCACACUGGAUCCAAAUACAGCAAACAAACAUCUGAUAUUAUCUAAAGAAAACAGAAAAAUAAAACCUGUGAGACAGGAACAGUCUUAUUCUGAUCAUCCAGAUAGAUUUACUGAUUGGUCUCAGGUCCUGAGCAGAGAGAGUCUGAGUGGACGUUGUUACUGGGAGGUGCAGUGGAACAGGAAGGGAGUUUAUGUUGCAGUUACAUACAAGAAUAUUAAGAGAACAGGAUCCGAUAGAGAAUGUAUAUUUGGUAACAAUCAGAUAUCCUGGGAGUUAAAUUGUUAUGGCAGUACAUAUUAUUUCACACCUAACAGUAUCCAGACUCCAGUCUCAGGUCCUCCAUCGUCCAGACUCGGAGUGUAUCUGAAUCACAUAGCAGGUCUUUUGUCCUUCUACAGCGUCUCUAAAACCAUGACUCUCCUCCACAGAGUCCAGACCACAUUCACUCAGCCGCUCCAUGUUGGACUUUGGGUUUUUAAUGGAGACACCGCUGAGAUCUGUGAGCUCAAAUAGAGGAAAUAAAUUUCAAAUCAAAGACUGAUGACGCCAAAUGAUACAACACUAUUUUUAUUUUUAUUUUCACCAGUUUUGCCUCAAAAAAUGCACAAUGCACAACACAAAUGGACAUUUAAGAAAUUUUAUUGUCGAUUUCACGUUGUGGCAGCUGUCAGCUGAGGAGUCAGAAAGUCUCCAACAACAUCAUUAAACUUUUCUGAUUCGUUGCUGUUUCAGACUAAUUCAUACUUUCACAGUUAAUUUGACAGUUUUUCUUGAAGUGCAAACAGUUGAUGUGUGUUGACAAAACAAAUGUUAUCAGAAUGUACCAAGAACUUGUCCCAAAGCAACAUUUGCCAGUGGGGGAUUUUGUGCUCUCAGAUCACUCUUGUUUUGUUUGUUUGUGUCCUUUUUUCCUGAGAGUCCGUUGCUUUUUCUGAUGUGCUCUUCGCUGAGGUCACCUGACACUUAAAGAAUGUAGUCGGGGACAAGAGAGAUUAUUUUCAGUUUGUUUUAGUUUGCGUUCAUACAUAUACAGUAUAGUUGUGUUGUUUUCCUUUCUUUUAUUUUUCUUUUUUUGUGAAAGUGAGCAUUGUGUGGCUCUAACAGACUGUUUGAUCUACUCAUAUUUGCUGCAAUGAAGAAUAUUUUUAUGUCCUGGAUCAAUGAUCAGCCUCCUACUAAAGAUAAUUAAUGUUGGAUAUAAUUAUGGAACACUUUCUUCACUCUUCAAAGGGACACUUUGUGAGGCUCUUGACCCCAUAUCUCCAGUUUUUGAACUCUUCAGAGGCUUCAGUAUGUUCGAGUUUUACUCUGGACUAACUUUUGGACUCCACUUUUUGCACCUUAUUUAUUUGAGCAGUUCAAUCUUUUAUUGGAUAUAAGCCUUUAUAACGUGCUGAGAUUUUUUUGUUUCUUUGUUGAUGUCUCGUCAUAAAAAGUAAAAAAACAGCAACAAUAACAACAACAACAACAUCAGUUAAAUAAAUGUAUCUCUAAAUUUAAAAAGUUGCACAUUUGCAUUUCCCCCUUUCAAGGUUGGACAAACAUAUAACUCCUUUUGACUUGUGGCUGUUGUCUUGGUGGCUUCCCUCACUUGUGUCCUUUUUGCAGUCACUAAAUUUUUGAGAACCUCUUUCUUCAGACAGAUUUACCACAUGGUGUCAUAUUGUUUUAUAAAUCCUUGAUCCAUGAAUAUAUUUUAUUAGAGCAUAUAAAAGCUGCUCAGAAAGAUCCAAACAGGUUAUAAAGACAAAGACAGGACAUACAAAGUAUUAGAGAACAUUUUGUAAAUGGGAUGAAAAACUGUAAACCAUAAUUCUCUAAGGCCCAAAUCUGUCUCUGUUAUAUGUUAGCCAGUCUGUUGGGUGAAAAACUCAAAACCGACACACUGUUUGUUUGCCAGUUUUUUCCAUGCAACAUAUAAAAUUGCCUGAAUAUUUACACUACAAUUUUUAAAAGCAAAAUUUUAACUGUUUCUUUAAAUUACAUUCUAAAUCCUGUCGCUCACAACAGAGUUUCAGAGCUCAUGCUAAUGUUAGCAUGUUAACUUCACUUCUUGUGACACAAGUGACUUUUUAUGCUAAUGUUAGCAUGCUAUCAUCACAUUGUGUGACACUUGUAACCUUUCAAGGCACAUGAAUGAUUAAUUAACCAAACUGUUUGUGAAUCACAUCUUAAAAUGCUCUGCUGAACAUAUUACCUCAUGGGAAAUGAUUAAAAAGAGAAAUGUCUUAAAGUACAAUAUUAUAAAAUACCAUCAGUGGUUACAGUGUGUGUUUACUUUCUGCACAGUAAACUGACACCUACACAGCAAAAGCAGAAGUUCAGAAUUCAAACCCACAAUGUUGUUUUUCACACAAAGUGUGUGUACGUUGCCGCAGAGUGGCGUGGUGUCCAAGUGGUUCAUGCACCUGCUUCUCAAACAAAAGGUUCCUGGUUCAAGGCCACCUGUCAUCAUUCUCCAUAUAAUUUGGAGUUGUAUCAGAAAGGGAAUGGGAUGAGAGGUGCUGCAAAGAGAAAUGUGU